AUGGCGGAGGAAUCUGUGGAAGAUAGAGUCGCUAGUUUGGAGAAGGCCGUUAAAGAGCUUCAGACGAAAUUGGCGGAGAUCAAGUUGGAAUCGGGGCGACCAGAAAAAAGCGAAGAGCUGCUACUGGAAUUACAGCGAAUAGAACGUAAAAUGGACGUUUUGGAAAAGCACUGCGAUGAGCUCGAGCGUCGAGUACAGAAACGGAGAGAGAGCCAUUGA